AUGGAGCUGCACACUGGUGAGAGCUGGCGUGCAAGACUAGGCCUUGCUCCAGGGCCUGUCACUGUGGGGUCGGACUUGGGAGGACGCAGGGUGCCUGGGGGCCCGAGGGGACCCGAGUUGGGCCUGCAGCACUUUGUGGUGUCCAUGGUGCUGUUGCACAUGGCAUCACCUGGGGAGUCAGGACCCAUGUCUGAGGAGCCUGGAUUUGACAGUCUGAGGGCUCCAGCCUCCACGUCGCACCUCUGUGGGAGGCUGUCCCAAGGAAGUGCUUCUCCUUUUACUCCGCUCCUCACAGUGGUGACUCCCUCCUCCUUCCAAGCUGCUUUCCUGCUCCCAAGCCCUGCGCUGUCCUGUUCUCUUCAUGCUCCCUGGAGCCACCUUCUGUCUCCUUUGCUAGGAGUCCUUCAUCCCUUUGGUGCAUCUGUGCCCAAAACAAAUGUGGGGACGUUCCUCAGCAGAGGACUGGUCAUGCCCAACCCUGGAGGAAGGCUCUGGGUUCUGGGUCCAGAGGCGCCAGUCUGCAGCUCGGGUACAUUGUCCCGGGACGUGCCUGCAGCAUCGGGCCUUGGCCCUGUGCCUGUGCUGCUGCAGCUGCUCCUGCCUGUGCCCCUGGGGGGGGCGGGGCAGAAAACUCUGACUAUCCAGGCAAAGGUCAAUUGUGAUGAUCAUGAGGAUGUUAAAGUACACCAUCAAGAAACAGGAAGUAAAAAUGAGAAAGAGAAAAUUUGGAAAAAGGGCAAGCAUCCUUUGACUGUUGAUCAAGGUUUAAGCAGUAGCGGAUGUGGAGAGCUCAUAAUCUCUGGCAGCACUCUUAAUGAUGAGACAGACAGCACUUUGAAUUUAGAAGACAUCCAGACUACAGCUAAAGAAUGUGAUGGAUUUGCUACUUUAGAUGACAAGGCUGAUGUUGAUGAAGAAAGUAUAGAAGAUACUGAUGAACUAGAAGACUCUCUAAACCACUCUGCCCCUUCAGUACAGGGCCAGACAUCAAAAAUCAUUCAGGAGGAGGAGGCGGAGGGGGAGGGGGAGGGGGAACCCAGGCUCACCAUUAGCCAAAGGGAAGAUGAAGAUGGCAUUGCUAAUGAAGAUGAGUUAGACAACACCUACAAUGGAUCAGGGGAUGAGGACGGCCUGUCUGAAGAAGAUGAUGAAGUAGGCAAGCCUGCUAAGUAUGAAGACGUGAAGGAAUGUGGAAAACAUGUAGAUGGAACUCUAGUAAUGGAACUUAACAAAAUAAGUCUUAAAGAAAAUAUCUGUGAGGAAAAUUCACCUGUGGAUCUGUCCAUUUUCUUCUAUGAAUUUAGUACACUUAUCUUCACCAAAGGCAAAUCUCCUACGGUAGUGUGCAGCUUAUGCAAACGAGAGGGUCAUCUAAAGAAGGAUUGUCCAGAUGACUUCAAAAGAAUCCAGCUGGAACCCUUGCCACCGCUAACACCGAAGUUUUCAAAUAUCUUAGAUCAAGUUUGCAUCCAGUGUUACAAGGAUUUUUCUCCAACUAUUUUAGAAGAUCAGGCUCGUGAACAUAUUCGACAAAACCUAGGAAGUUUCGUAAGACAGGACUUUCCAGGAACUAAAUUGAGCUUGUUUGGCUCCUCCAAAAAUGGAUUUGGGUUCAAGCAGAGUGACCUUGACGUCUGUAUGACAAUUAACGGACUUGAAACUGCUGAGGGGUUGGACUGUGUAAGGACUAUUGAAGAAUUGGCAAGAGUGCUCAGAAAACAUUCAGGUUUGAGAAACAUCUUACCUAUUACAACAGCAAAGGUGCCAGUUGUGAAGUUCUUCCAUCUGAGAAGUGGUCUGGAAGUGGAUAUUAGUUUGUAUAACACAUUGGCCCUUCAUAACACAAGGCUUUUAUCUGCUUAUUCAGCCAUUGAUCCCAGAGUGAAAUAUUUGUGUUAUACCAUGAAAGUAUUUACAAAGAUGUGUGAUAUCGGUGAUGCAUCUAGAGGCAGCUUAUCAUCAUAUGCAUACACUCUUAUGGUGCUAUAUUUUCUCCAGCAGAGGAAUCCACCAGUCAUUCCUGUCCUUCAAGAGAUAUACAAAGGUGAAAAGAAACCUGAAAUAUUUGUUGAUGGCUGGAAUAUUUUCUUUUUUCAAAUAGAUGAACUGCCUGCCUAUUGGCCAGAAUAUGGAAAAAAUACAGAAUCUGUUGGGCAGCUGUGGCUGGGGUUUCUUCGUUUCUACACAGAGGAAUUUGAUUUUAAAGAACAUGUUAUUAGCAUCAGGAGAAAAAGUCUGCUUACAACUUUUAAGAAACAGUGGACCUCAAAAUAAGUUG